AUGGUUCGUGGAAAUUCCCUUACUGCAGACCUAAGUUUAUUGGUCAAUAAUAUUCAAUAUAGUGAUCUAAAAAUUAAAUGCGAAGACGGAAUUCUUCACGGAAACCGUGCAAUUCUUGCGGCUCGUUCCGAUAUUCUCGACCGAUUAUUAUAUAACGGAAUGAAGGAAUCUUUAGAAGAACAAGUAUCAUUUCCGGAUAUUAAAACUUCGGUGAUGAAGUUAGACAAUCUUAAAGAUUUUAUUUUAGACUUUUAUAAGCAAACCUGUCAUAUGGAAAAUAAUGCACCAGAAUUGCUAUCAAAGGUAGUUAAGCACCUGUCUCUACCAGCAGAAAAUGUAAUCAUUGACUUCCUAGUAAAAACGGUCGCAAAGAUUCCUUUAGAUAUCAUUGAAUUUGGUCGAUUGUCUUUUCAAGCGCUGCAAUGCUUACUUUUCAUGACAUACAGUGAAAAGGACAUUUUAACCUCGAAUGAAUAUUCCGUCUUACGCUAUGCAAUUUUAUUAUCAGCAAAAGAAGUGACUCCAGAAGGCUUUUCAGUUUUAAAAAAAAGAUUGCCAGAGUGGAACAAAAUUGAGCAUGGAUUUGAUAUUCACUAUGAAAGAAUGCCUGAUAAUUCAAAUAUUCGUGCUUCUAUUUCCAAUAAAUUGGCAUCUCUAAUCGAAUAUAUUGAUCUUUGGCGUAUUAACGGAAAUGUUCUCACAGAUAUUAUCGAACCUUUGGAUUUAAUUACGCAAAAAAAUAUGACGGAAGCUUAUCGUUUUCACGCUCGUCGAAGAAUAUCGUAUUCUCGUGGAGAUAUUAAGUGGGAUAAGAAUGGUUGCGGACCAGAUAUAUCCAUUAGUUCAGAUGGGCGUGCUAUAAGUUGUAAUUCCGAGGAUUAUCGAAGCGUCCGAACCAAUUAUCUGAUGAACAGUGGGAUUCAUGAACUUUGCAUUUUAAUUGAAGGAGUUGGUCGUGACGAAGGGAUUGGGUUAUGUUGCGAAGCUUUAGAUUAUUCGAGUUGGGCAGGAUAUCAAGCGAAUGGUUGGGUAUUAAGCUCUCAUAGUGGAUAUUAUCACGAUACUACUGAUGGGGGCGCUCCAAAUUCUAUGUCAUUAUUCAAUAUUACUGGUUAUGUGAUCUUCGUGAGUUUGGACAUGGAUAACAGAGCUU